UCAAUUCGCGUAUGAAAACAAUAAACAACCCUGAGAAACGGUGAAACGCGAGAUAUGCAAGAGAACCUGUCGCCAAGUUUAGACAGAAAUACCGUUAAAGGAGGAACUGAAACAACAAGUAUAACGUCUUGUAAAACGACGUUGGACUCAUCGGUCCUGACACAAAGGAUUUCCGAGAGACGGGUUACCCCCUUCCUUAGCCCCCUACUAGGCUCUAACGUUAGCUAGCUAGCCAGUCCUGUAGCUCCUUCUUCGUUAGUACACUUUGUUUUAUUUGUUAUGCAGUUGCCGGAGGACUAUUUUCGCAUUCGUUUUCCUCCAUCGCCUCAUCGCUCCCUCACCCUGAACUCGCUGGCCCUAUGUCUCGCUGGCUUUUCCCCUGGUCAGGCUCAAUCAAGAAGCGGGCCUGUCGGUACCUCUUACAGCAUUACCUCGGUCACUUCUUUCAAGAACGACUGAGUUUGGAACAGCUGAGUUUGGAUCUGUACAAUGGUAGUGGUGUCAUCAAAGAAAUCAACAUCGAUGUUUGGGCGGUCAACGAGCUCUUGGAGUCUCUUGGGGCUCCACUUGAGAUUGUGGAUGGGUUUGUGAGCAGCAUAGAGGUGACAAUUCCCUGGUCAGCUCUUGUCACUGACCACUGCACCCUCGUCAUCUCAGGCCUUCAGAUAACAUGCAGACCCAAGUACAGGACCAGUGGGGGUUUGGACCCCCAGGGCUGGUCCACAUGCAUGACCUCCAGCAUGCAGCUGGCCCAGGAGUGCCUAAAGGACCCCCCUGAGGCGUCCGAAGAGCCGCCCGCUCCACUGGAGGGCUUGGAGAUGUUUGCACAAACUAUUGAGACUGUCCUGCGUCGGAUAAAGGUCACCCUCCUGGACACCAUCAUCCGAAUCGAGCACCAGCCCCUGGACAUGGAGAUGGGCAUUGCCUUAGAGGUGCACAUCAAACGGCUGGAGUACUGUGACGAGGCGGUACGGGACCCCAGCCAGACGGUGCCUGUGGACAUCCACCAGCCCCCUGCCUUCCUGCACAAGAUCCUCCAGCUCAGCUCUGUUCAACUGCUGUACGAGACCACCGGGGGGCCCCAGGGUCCUUUAAGAGCUGACACCACUGGCUCAGCCUCAGCCAGCGAAGAGGAAGUUGAGGAGGAGGAGAAUGACCCACCAGCCGCCCCUACCUCCCUCCCUCCGGCCACCCAGCGGCCCCUCCUCAUCGGCAGCUGCUCUGGCUUCAUGGAGACCACAGUCAAGAUCAAACAGAACGACAUGCUGCCUGGACCUAAGUUGGAGCUGGAUGGGAAGGUGGGCUGCCUCCACCUGCUGCUCUCUCCAGACCAGAUCACUCACCUGACCGACCUUCUGUCUGCCCUCUGCAUCGACACAGAGCCUGAAGCCAGUGGUGCUGGGGUUCACAGCCGUCCCCUGGACUCUGAGGACCUGCGUCUGAUAGAGGAGGACUUGAGCAAACAGUUGAGCUCCAGCCCCGGAGAUAGAGAUCCGGACUGGGAUGAAGAGCCCGACAUGGAGCCCUACCUCACCGGUCUGGAGAACGGGGAUAUGUUCUUCUCCAUGGGUCCUGGUAUGACUAGCAGUGUGACGUCAGCGCUCUCUGGCAACUCUCUCUCCGACAGCAUGGCAUCGUCUACACACAGCCAGGCUAGCUACGCCCAGGGCCUUCCACAGGGUCCCAGGCGUUAUCCUGUACCAGGAUCACUAUCCAGCCUGCCCCAGUGUAACCGGAUACCAGGGCGAAGUAGCCAAUCUGAGCCCCUGAAACCAGAGGCAUUGCUCCGCUUCUCGCUUGGCGGGCUCACCCUAACCCUACUGGAGCAGGAACCACACCCCGGGCCGGACGGAGUGUCCUCAUUGACCCAGGUGUCUCGGGUGUUCUUCCGGGAGCUGGCCUUCUUCAAAGACAGCAUGUUCAGCGAGAGAGACUUCCACCACCUCAGAGCUAGCUUCGCUAAAGCCUGCCCCCACUCACACCUCAGGAUGACUGGAGCAGCGGUACAGGUGGCGUGUGAGAUGCGCAGUGCAGGUCGCCACUCCCGUGCUGUGACCUCUGACCUAUCCUUCAGUAGGCUAGAGCUGCUUGAGUGUCUUUGGGAGCCAGGAAAGCCCCAAUACACUGAGUUGCUCCAGUUCCAGCGUGCUGGGAUGUUCACAGUGGGAGCUACAGCCAGACCCUGUGCACAGCUACACUACAGUCUCACAGAGAAACACCUGCGCAAGGGGAGGCAGCGUGUGCUGCGUAGAGACAGUGUAGUGAGGGUAGAGUUGGGAGAGCUGAGUGCUGAGUUGGACCUGGACAUACUGAGUCGACUGGAGCCUCUGAGCAGAGCCUGGAGCCACUGUCCCACACAGACAGGAGGAGGAUCCGUCCACACAGAGACCCAGAGCAGUGAGCUGCACUCCUCUCUCUCCCUCCUCUCGCCCCACGCCAUCCUCAAGCUCCGCUUCCCCAUCCCGGACCUCCGGCCGCUCCCCUUCCGACGCCCGCCUUCCCAGAGAGCCAUGCGGCAGGAGACCCUGGUACUGGAGCUGUGUGACCUGGAUAUCUGCUCCCAGGAGGGCCUUGACCUCCAGCCAGAUCACCAUGCACCCCCUGGCCCCUCCCACGGCUCCCUCACACAGCUAUUGGAGGCCAGCUUCAGUGAUAUGCACGGAACGUAUGAGGGCUGGGAGGGAGGCUCCUUCCCCUGUAUCAGAGUCAAGAAGAGUCAAGACUCCAUGGCCAAACUGUCAGUGCGUGUGAGUGGAGGAGAGGGUCUGGGGUCAGCAUUAGGGGGGGUAGGGGUGGGUCUGAUGAGGGACCUGGGGUCCAUGUCGUUUGAGAACCCCUGUGAACUCCGAGAGAAGACCAGCUCUCCCUUCUCCUCCAACCGCACCAUGUUCGAGACUGAGGAGAUGGUGAUCCCAGCAGACCCAGAGGGGAUGCAACAGUUCCAGUCUCAGUGUGUGUCUCAGUGUCAGUGUGUAGUAGACGUCUUUCUGCCCCUGGCCUACAUCUUCCUGCCCAGCAAACAGGCCUUCCAGAGCAUCUACAACAGGAUCAAUAAUGACCUGUUAAUGUGGGAAGCCCCUCCCCCCUCAGGUUCUAAGAGCGACCACAGCCCCCUACACCGUCUCCAAGACGAUGACAACUUCCAGCUUUGCAAGUCUGCCUUCAGACUAGACUCGGAAUCCGAGGAGGAAGAUGCUCAGUUCUACACAGCCAGUGAAUCAACCAGACGCAGGCAGUCAGAGCCCCGCCCUAACCACACCCUCAGCCUGCUCUCUCUCACCAUUGUCAUAGGAAAGGGCCGCCUCCAAGCAAUGACGGACAGCAAGGGAGAGACGGGAAGUCCGGAGGACCGGUGUCACGGUGAGCUCCUAUUGGACCUGGAAGGGGGGAAGAUGUUCAGUGUGGCGCAGCAUCAGAAUAACCCCCAUCUCAGCUUCCUGUGCCUGGAGAGCAGGAGGGUGGAGCUCUACCACAAAGCUGUAGUGAAGGACUCCCCUGUCCCCGGGCGGUUGGAAAUGCCCAGCUUCACUCCCCCAGGGCAUCUAGACCUUACCAUUUACCCCACAGAGGUGGGGCUGAGCAGUGUGAGUGGCAGGGAGACUGAGGUCCAGAUGUUAUCCACAGCCAUCAAAGUCACCCUGGACCCUCAGAAGAAUGUCAAGGAGUUUCUGGUUGCCCUUCGUCUCCAUGGUGCCACUAUGCGACAUCGCAUGGCACAGACCAAUCACAGCUGGCACGAACAGCUGGUUGAUUUUUUGGAUGUCAUUGAUGACCCGAUCCUGGGCUACACAUCUCCUGUAGUUAUUACCGUCCUACACACACACCUGGCUACCUGCGUCGUGGACUACAGGCCCCUGUAUCUUCCAUUGAGGGUGUUGUUCACAGCAGAAUCCUUCUCUCUCUCCAGUAACAUCAUAGUAGACACGGCCACCUUUCACCUCAGGUUUAUCCUGGAUGAUUCUGCCUUGUUUCUCUCUGAUAAGUGUGAAAGUGACGUAGUGGACCUGAGACGAGACUAUGUGUGUGUUCUGGACAUUGAUCUGCUGGAGCUGGCCAUCACCACAUGGAAAGGCAGUGAUAUAGGGAAACUGCCAAGAGACGGGGAGCCUCUUGUGACGGUGCUAGCUGAGGGUCCUAUCAGGGUUAGGGAGGGCCACUUCUCCCGGCCGCGGGGCAGCUCUGACUUGCUGCGGGCCCCCAGCCGCUUCCCUGUCCCCGAGAGCAGGGUGGUGCUACGAGAGGUGUCUGUCGUCUGGCAUCUGUACGGAGGGAGAGACUUCGGGGGCAAGGCCAUGUCUAUACACACGCAGCAUGGAAACAGGGGUCGCACUGCCCCGUCUGGGAUGCGUGGGUCCCCGUCCCGCUCCACUGCUCCGUCCCGGCCUCAGAACUCGUGGCGCUGGGCUGGAGGCGGUGGGCGUCAACACAACUUGCUCAUGGAGAUCCAGCUCACCAAGGUGAGCUUCCAACACGAGUCCUACCCAGUGGAGGUGUCUGCAGCUGUGGAGGGAGAGGGGCCUGGGGUCGGGGCUGUGGGGGAGCAGCCUCUGUCCCGCCAGGUGUUCAUUGUUCAGGAGCUGGAGGUACGCGACCGCCUGGCCUCGUCCCAGCUUAACAAGUUCCUCUACUUGUACACCAGCGAGAGCAUGCCCCGCAGGACACAUUCCAACAUGUUAACAGUGAAGGCCCUGCAGGUGUGUCCAGACGCUGGUGUAGGUGGUCCAGAGUGUUGUUUAAGAGUGAGCCUCCUCCCCCUCCGACUCAACAUCGACCAGGAUGCCUUGUUCUUCCUGAAGGAUUUCUUCAGUAGUCUGGCUGCUGGAGUUAACCCCUACCUGCCUGUGGACCCUGCAGCUGAGAUGAAGACAGACCCUUCCCAGAAGCCCGCUGAGGAUGGGGUCAGUGGCACGGAGACCACUGCUGGUCUGGGUCCUGACCUCACCACUUCUGUAGAAACCACCUAUAGCGAGCAGAGCUCCUCGUCCGCUGGCUCCACCUCUUCCACUGAUCAGCCAAUCUACUUCCGGGAGUUCCGUUUCACCUCUGAAGUGCCCAUCUGGCUGGACUACCAGGGCAAGCAUGUGGUCAUUGAGCAGGGGACGUUUGCUGGGAUUCUUAUUGGUCUGGCCCAGCUGAACUGCUCUGAGCUGAAGCUGAAGAGACUCUGCUGCCGACAUGGACUUCUAGGCGUAGAUAAGGUGAUUCAGUACGCUGUCACUGAGUGGCUGACAGACAUCAGGAAGAACCAGCUGCCGGGCAUUCUGGGAGGUCUAGGCCCCAUGCACUCUGUAGUUCAGCUGUUCCAUGGAGUGAGGGACUUGUUCUGGAUGCCCAUAGAGCAGUACAGGCGGGACGGCCGCAUUAUCCGGGGUCUCCAGCGGGGGGCCGCGUCCUUCGGCACCUCCACUGCCUCUGCUGCUUUGGAGCUCAGCAACAGACUGGUGCAGGCCAUACAGGCCACAGCAGAGACGGUGUAUGACAUCCUGUCCCCAACGCCCCCCCUGAACCGUUACAUCACAGAGGGCCGACGGCCCUCCAACCGGUCCCGCCGCGCCCACCAGCCUGCCGACCUCAGAGAGGGCGUAGCUAAGGCCUAUGACACCGUCAGAGAAGGCAUGAUGGACACAGCUCAGACGCUAUGUGACGUGGCGUCUCGCGGGCAUGAGCAGAAAGGCCUGCCUGGUGCUGUGGGCGGAGUCCUGCGGCAGAUCCCACCCACCGUGGUCCGUCCCCUAAUAGUGGCCUCUGAGGCAACGUCCAACCUACUGGGGGGCAUCCGGAACCAGAUCAAGCCAGAUGCACGGAAGGAGGACUUCUUAAAAUGGCGCUCUGAAGAAGGCCAAGAGUGAUGAUUCUGGGGGAUUAAAGGUUAAAGAAAUGGGAGGGAAAUUGUUAUGUGUGUGAACAGAUGAAGGGAGUGAAUGUGUGAAAACGUGAGUUUAAAUUAUUAUUUUUAAACUACUGCAGUGAUUGACACCUAGUAUUUUAUGUGGUUCCAUAUGGAUCAAGACAAAACAAUUGUAUCUCUUUCUUCAAUGCAAUCAAAUAGAGCUCAGUUCAGUUCACUAUCCUUGCAGCAGUACGUCCAUGAUGAGGAUACUCUACCUUUAUUAGUAUGUCAACAUAUCACUGUCAUUCUGGGUUGUCUUCAUCUUUAGAUGUCAAAGGGCAAACAGGGCUCUAGUCUAGUAUAAAGUCUGUAGUAGUGGUAGGUGGGAUUAAACAUGUUAAUCAGUAGCUCUCACAGUCUUCUGUUGAUCAGACUAUGGGCCGGUUUCCCAGUUUGAGAUUACACCUAUUCCUGGACUAAAAAGCACUUUGAAUGGCGAUCCUUAAUUGAGCAUGCAUUUAAGGAGUAGGCUUAAUCUGAGUCUGGGAAAUCAUUCUAUUGAGCCCAAAUCAGUGUCCACAGGGAUUGGAUGGUAAUAUCCGUCUCUCCUGUAGUCAUGGAGACUGAAAGACUGAUAUAGUGGCCUUAGCUGAGAUCCUUCCAGAUAGCUGUUAAUCAAAACCUAAAAACACAAUUGUGGGAUUGUUCCAUCCGAGCCUGCACACAUCCCCACCCCAGCGUUGUUUGUGCCAUAAGUUUGUUCAAUGAUGGGUUCCCUGGCCUCUCCUCCUUUGGUUGUGUUUAGUUUUAUCGCCUUCCUGAAACCUAUACUCAUCUCUCUGUAUGCUUACUUGUUCAUAUUUGACCUGUGGAAACAAUGACCUGGGCCUGGUUGUGUUAACUAAAUGCAGUCAUGGGAGAAUUUGGACGAUGAACUGAAUGAACUAGAGAAACGUCCUUUCCUCUAUGUCAAAUGGCUUCGCUUGAGUUUAAUGCUUGCCAGCGCUUGGUCAUCUGAUUUGUACUUACAGUAUGUUAACUGUUUAUUUUGUCAGAUCAAGGAGGUCGCCCUCAGGGCCUUGGACCUUAUCACCAGUCUGGUUCCUUCCUCUCAACAGAACAAUUGCUUGACUCGUCUCAUUAGUUGCCUUCCUCCAUUUUUGUAUUAUGUUAAACUAGUAUCAUAUUCUUUUUGAAAAUAAGUGUUGGUGGGAUGUGUCUAGAGGGUUAAGAUGGGGGGGGGGGGGGGGGGGGGGGAAGGGGGAUUGUGGUAAAACAUUUAACAUGAUCUUUUGUUCAAUACGUUUAAAUUGUGUGAGUGCAAUGCAUGUUUGUGGGUUAGUGGUUUCUUGUGACGGUGACCCGUGGGUUGUAUUGGUCACAGGUCUGUAAUUACCAUUUACCUGUAAGAAUGACCUGUAUAAUACCAAGACAAUGAGUACAGAAAAAUAUAUACUAAAAAAAUAAAACAAUAUAAAAACCGUAA